GAAAAAUUCGACAAACGUUUCCUCUGCGAUCCCGGUAAAAAAAUUCCCCACACGUGUCUCGUUUCUCUGCUGAAAUCAGAUCUGGAGGAUGUCCAAAGACAUUCUGCAUGAGGGGGAGCAGCCCCAGUCUGGUUCAAUGUCCCCGCCUCAGGCCCAGGCAACACAGUCAACUUUGUCCCCAUCCCAGGCCCUUUCGACUCAGUCCCCAUCUCAGUCCAAGUCCCAGUCCCAGUCCCAGACAGGUUCCUCCAGUUCCUCAAGCGGGCCUUCCUCAGCUAGCCAGUCGUCCAGUGGCUCAGGGACACUGAGCAGUGUGGACACCAUCCCUGUCACCCUUGCAUCUGUCCCAGAGGAGCCAGAACUACAACCCUGGGGUCGCCUGCUUCCCAUGGCCAAAGGCUUCAGAAGUCAUGACUGUGUAGAGGAUCAGUACCUGUUUGGACGGGACUCAAAGUGUAACUAUGUGCUGGAUGAUCCAGAUGACAGAGGAUCCAAAAAAUUUAGGAUAUAUAGCAAAAAGCAUUUUAAAAUUUUUAGGGAGGGAAGCGAGGUGUUUGUGGAGGACUACAGCAACAACGGGACAUUUAUUGAUGGGAUUCUGAUCGGCAAAGACAGGAAGUUACCCCUUGUCAACAACGCAGUGCUCUCUCUGUCUGAAACUCGCAACAAAGUCUUUGUCUACAUCGACCUGAUGUCAGAUGAGGAGUCCAGUCUGCCCAAAGAGCUUCGGGAGAAAUACGUGCUGACUCGGCGAAUCGGCACAGGAGUGUGUGGCGAAGUCAAACUGGCCUUUGAGAGAGCCACCUGCAAAAAAUUUGCAGUGAAAAUAAUAAACAAGAGAAAUUUCCAAUCGGAAGGGACGGCGACCAGAAACGCACAAACUGAGAUAGAGAUUCUGCAAAGGGUUGACCAUCCCUGCCUCAUAAAGACAGAGGACUUUUAUCAGACUGAGGACAGCUACUACAUUGUUUUGGAAAUGAUGGAAGGAGGCGAGCUCUUUCACAAAGUUAAGACACAGCAGCAGCUCAAAGAGUCAGUCGCCAAACUUUACUUUUACCAGAUGUUAAGAGCAGUGGAGUAUCUCCACAAGAAUGGAAUUAUUCACCGUGACCUGAAACCGGAGAACAUCCUGCUGUCCUCUCAAAAUGACACCUGUCUCAUAAAGGUGACGGACUUUAACCAGUCAAGGAUCUUGGAGGAGGCCAUGUUGAUGAGAACUCUGUGUGGGACUCCUUCUUACUUGGCUCCUGAGGUCUUCACUCACGCCUCCACCACAGGUUACAGCCUUGCCGUGGAUGCAUGGAGUCUAGGAGUCCUGCUGUUUGUCUGUCUGGGGGGAUAUCCACCUUUUCAUGAGAGUUUCAGCAAAAAAACAAUAACAGAACAAAUAAUUGGAGGAGAAUUCACAAUGGUGCCGUCAAAGUGGAAAAAUGUCUCCGACCAAGCCAAGGAUGUUGUUAGGAAACUCCUGGUUGUUAAUCCAACUCAGCGAAUGACGAUUGAAGAGGCCCUCCAACAUCCCUGGCUUCAGGACCCGUCAAUGUUGGAAACAGCCCACAGACUUAUGUACCCACCUGCUGAUGCAGCCGCUGGUGAUGCAGAUAAAGAUUCUCCAGCAAUGCAGGAGGCAGCAUCAUCAUCUGGAGCGUCAGGAAGGAAAAGAGGUAGGGAUAAGGGAGACGAGAAAGAUGAGGAGCAACCUGCCAAACGAAGACAAGCCUCACCUCCUGCCCCACUUUAGAGGACCAGUUGUACAUCAUCUGCCCGUUCAGAAGAAUUCUGCUGCCAGCCAAGCAAAAACAAUGUCAGAAUUAGGAUAUGUGAAAGAGUUAAGUAAAGAAGUUAUUGUUCCAAUAAGAGGAUUUUCAUGUUAUUAUGACACAAAACGUUAGAUUUUUUUUGUUAAAACAAUAUUCCUUUUUUUAUGUUGUGUUCACCGCUUCUUUUAAAAAGGAUAGAACUUUUAUUGUGACCACAUAAAGUUUUACAUUAAGACUUUGUUUUAUAUUUACAGUCAUCCUUGUCUCACUUGUAGCUUCUCUUUUCAUCAGUCUUCAUCAUACUAUGAUAUACAUAGGACAGUGUCAACUACAGUUAUUAUACUAAUACGUGGAGAGUGUAGAUUUAGAUUAUCAGUAAAAUACCAAAAGCCAUCGAGUAUAAAUACUGGAUGCCACAAGAGUAUUUCAUGGUUAAAAUAUUCCAGUUUUGUAAUAAUCAAAUUUCACAUAUCAGAUGUAAAACCCCAUGAGAAAUCACAUAGGACGUAUUCAAUCUCAGUAGACUUCAUCCAUAAGACAUCGAAUAAGUUUUUUAAGUAUUUAAAUUUUUUUCUAAGCUGAUGUUUGAUGUAGGUGGGAGUGAGACAUCUUGUUCAUGUUGCAUUUCUAGCUCUAACAAUCAGGCAGCUGACCAAUGAGACAAACACAGACCACAUGGUGAAAACCAAAUAGUAUGUUGAUGUAACACCAAAGUUUUGUGCCAUAACUUAAAAAAAUGUAUUUUAUAAUAACUUGGGGGAAAAUGUAAAUAAUUUAAAAUGUGUUUUGUUAAGAUCAUGUUUACAAGAUAUUUUUUGUUUUCUCAGGCAUGGCAGCGUUAAGCUACUGUACUCUUCACUACUGAAGCACUGUAAAUAAAAUCUAUAAAGUUUCUAUUAAA